AUGCCUGUCCUACUGACGGAACACAGCCAGAAAGUAACUCACCAUCCUUUCAUUCUCUCUCUCUCUCGCUCUCUCUCUCUCUCUCUCUCUCUCUCUCUAUGCCUCCAUGCCUCCCUCUCUCCUGUGUGAUAUGGCCUGUAACCUCUUCAAGUGCUAAGCUCUAAUUACUGACAUUUCUCCAGAGAUGUGCUACUGCAUUGUGGGUAUUUAACCACCUUUCAUUCCAUCAGUGGAGCGCUCUGAAAGGUCAGAGACCAGAAGACAGUCUGAACUGAAUCAAUGAGGUGACCUUUCCUUUUACUGUGUGUGUAUGUGUGUGUGUGUGUGUGUGUGUGUGUGUGUGUGUGUGUGUGUGUGUGUGUGUGUGUGUGUGUGUGUGUGUGAGUAGUUUAGUUUUUUGGUCUUUUGAGGAGCCCCAGGUGAAUUAACUCUAAACAGUGAACAGUGUGGUCUAACAUGAUUGGCCCAUCAAUGUUACCGAGCUCAGGUGUAUUGGUCAAUUGUUAUGAACCUUUCCUUUAAAUGUCAAUCGGGCUACAACGCUGCUCCUGAGCGCUACGGAUUGAAUCCAGUCCUAAAUUGAAAUGGAAUUGCCUCCAACCCUGGUGGUUGUAAUGAACAUUAGAUUAGAGCAGGGCUCGCCAAACCUGUUCCUGGAGAGCUAACCUCCUGUAGGUUUUCAAUCCAACCCCAGUUGUAACUAAGCUAAUUCAGUUUAUUAACCAGCUAAUUAUUAGAAUCAGGUGUGCCUGAUAAGGGUUGGAGCGAAAACCUACAGGAUGGUAGCUCUCAAGGAACAGGGUUGCAGAGCACUGGAUUAGAGAAUGCACACUCAUUCAUUCAUGCAGCAGGUCCCCCUCUGGCACCUAUGGGUAGUGAUUGUAGUCUACUGUAUAACAGCCAUCCCCACAAGGUAUGACCAGUGAUUUCUGAACUUCCAGGUCGACACAGUCAUUCUAGCCUCACAGUCAUUUACACAUAAUCCCCCCCCCCCCCCCCCUGUCCUUUAUAGCUUGGUAUUGAGUGGCUCAGUUAGGAGUAAUAAUAUUUAGGUUGUGCAGCCAUUUGUAGAACACACCUCAGUCCCUAAUUCCACUGGGGAAAUUAAUUAGGUUACAAUGCAAUUACACAGGUUAGUACCCCUCUGGGCCAGACAGGGAGGGAGGAUGCUCUGAUAGGUGAUUAAGUUAAACAGACAAGGGUGUGUGUGUGGGUGUUGGGUGGGUGUCGGGUGUGUGCAUGCUUGUGUGUGUGAAUGCAUGUGUGCGUGUCUGCGUUCGUUCGUGUACCUUUGUACAAGUUUGUUUGCAGGAUUUGGUUAGCCCCGUGUGGACUUACACACCAUAGGUUCCCUCGCCAUCUCCGGAUGCAUGCAGCUCCCGUGGGAUUAUGGUUAAAGGUGGCGGCUCGGUACCUAGGUGGAGCUGCUGCCGCUACCCAUCUACUCUAUCACCAUGGGAAUAAUGACAGUAAAAGAAAGAGUGAUUGUACUGUCUUAUUUUUCCUAUUUUCUCUGUCUGUAGGCAUAUACAGUGAGCUCCAUAAUUCAUUGGACAGUGACCAUUGUUUUGUUAUUUUGGUUCUGUACUCUAGCACUUUGAGUUUGAAAGGAUACAAUGACAAUGAGCGUGAAGUGCAGACUGUCAGCUUUAAUUUGAGGGUAUUUUCAUACAUAUCGGAUGAACCGUUUAGAAAUGACAGCACCUUUUGUACAUGGUCCCCCCAUUUUAAGGUACUACAAGUUUUUGUUAAAUUGGCUUCACAGAUGUGUGUCGUUAGGCAGGUGUAUUCAUUUGUGUCGUUAGUGAAUGCAGGAGAGCUGUUGAUGAAUAGUAAUGAUUCUAGACUUUGCUAUUGCCUUUGGAGGUUGUUAUUGGGGUGUGACAACAUGAGGAAGACAGCAGUGUCGAUGCAAAUGAAGUUGGCCGUCAUAAGGCUCAGAAAUGAAAAUCAAUAAUUCAGGAACAUUGCAAAAACCCUGGCCAUGCCCAAGUCAACAGUUUUGUUCAUCAUUAACAAGAAAAAAACAACCGGUGAACUCAAUUAUGUCAAAAGACCCAGUAGACAGAGGAAGACCACUGUAGUGGAUGACCGGAGAAUACUCUCUAUGGUGAAGAAAAAACCCCUGAUAACAGCCCAACAGAUCAAAAACACUCUCCUGGAUGCAGGUGUAGAUGUGUCAAAGUCUACCAUACGCAGAAGACUACACCAGCAGGACUACAGAGGGUACACUACAAGAUGCAAACCACUGAUAAGCCUGAAGAACAGAAAGGCGAGAUUACAAUUUGCUAAAAAGCACCUAAAAGAGCCCCAAGAGUUCUGGAAAAAAGUAUUGUGGACAGAUGAGACAAAGAUUAACAUGUACCAGAGUGAUGGAAAGACAAAAGUGUGGAGAAAAAAAAGAAAUGCACAUGAUCCAAAGCAUACCACCUCAUCCAUGAAACAUGGUGGAGGGGGUGUUAUGGCUUGGGCCUGUAUGGCUGCCAGUGGAACAGGCUCACUUGUCUUCAUCGAUGAUGUGACUGCAGACAGAAGUAGAACAAUGAAUUCUGAAGUCUACAGAAAUAUUUUAUCUGCUCAGAUAAAACCAAAUGCCUCCAAACUCAUUGGACGACACUUAAUCAUGCAACAAGACAAUGACCCUAAACAUACUGCUAGAGCAACAAAGGGGUUUUUGAUGGCCAAAAAGUGGAAAAUCCUUGACUGGCCGAGUCAAUCACCAGAUCUGAAUCCAAUUGAACAUGCAUUUUACAUGCUGAAGAGGAGACUUAAGGCAAUAAGUCCCCGAAACAAGCAGGAACUGAAGAUGGCUGCAGUACAGGCCUGGCAGAGCAUCACCAGGGAAGAUACCCAGCGUCUGGUGAUGGCGAUGCAUCGCAGACUUCAAGCAGUCAUUGCAUGCAAAGGAUAUGCGACCAAAUAUUAACAAUGAUUACUUUAUUCUACAUAAUGUUAAACUGUCCAAUGUUUUUUGAUGCCCGAAAAUGGGGGGGUCUAUGUACAAAAGCUUCUAUAAUUCGUAAACGGUUCAUCCGAUAUGUAUGAAAAUACCCUCAAAUUAAAGCUGACAGUCUGCACUUCACCCUCAUUGUCAUUGUAUCCUUUCAAACUCAAAGUGCUAGAGUACAGAACCAAAAUAACAAAAGAAUGGUCACUGUCCAGUGAAUUAUGGAGCUCAAUGUAGUGCCUUCAGAAAGUAUUCACACCUCUUACAUUUUUCCACAUUUUGUUGUGUUACAGCCUGAAUAUAAAAUGUUUUUAAUUGAGAUUUUGUGUCACAAUACCCCAUCAUGUAAAAGUGGAAUUAUGUGUGCAAUAAUAGUGUUUAACAUGAUUUUUGAAUGACUACCUCAUCUCUGUACCCCACACAUACAAUUAUCUGUAAGGUCCCUCAGUCGAGCAGUGAAUUCAAAAACAGAUUCAACCACAAAGGCUAGGGAAAUUUUUCAAUGCCUCGUAAAGAAGGGCACCUAUUGGUAGAUGGGUAAAAAAACAAACAUUGAAUAUCCCUUUGAGCACGGUGAAGUUAUUAAUUACACUUUGGAUGGUAUAUCAAUACACCCAGUCACUACAAAGAUACAGACAUCUUUCCUAACUCAGUUGCCGGAGAGGAAGGAAACCGCUCAGAUCACACCCCUAUCAGAUCACAGCAAAAUCAGAGAGAGAGAGAGAGAGAGAGAGAGAUACUAACACCACAAACUUUACUCCGCUCUCUCUCCCUCUCUCCAUGUCCUUUCUUCCCUGCCUAUUCUCUUCCCAGUGUCAUGGGACUGAAGUGUCUCCACUAGAGCUAUCGAGUUGGUACCUUUUCUAUAGCAUAUUGAAUAACACUUCAUUCCCCUUCUCAAACUCCCGUCGGCCCGGGAGACGGCUAAGUUGGUGGUGCAGCAUGUUUUCCGGGUCCACGGCCUUCCCCAAGAUGUGGUGUCGGAUCGGGGCCCUCAGUUUGCCUCCAGGUUCUGGAAGGCGUUCGCCACCUGCCUCGGCGCCUCCGUCAGCUUGUCUUCCGGCUUCCAUGCCCAGUUGAACGGGCAGACAGAGCGCGUAAACCAGGAUCUGGAGGGGGUGCUGAGGUGCUAUACCUCCAGCAGACCAGCUACUGUACGUGGAGUCAGCGACUGGCGCGGGCGGAGUACGCCCACAACACCCUUCUCUGCUCGUCCACCGGCCUGUCCCCCUUCCAGUGCCAAUAUGGGUACCAACCCCCCCGAGCAAGAGGAGGAGGCGGCGGUCCCGUCGGUCCAGGCCCACAUCAGUCGUUGUCGCCGCACCUGGAGGCAGGUACGGGCAGUGCUUAAGCGGGCCUCGGUCAGGUCUCAACUUUAGGCCAACCGCAGGCAUCGCCCGGACCCGGUUUUUCACCCGGGACAGAGGUUGUGGCUCUCCAUGCGGGAUCUUCCCCUCCGCGUGUAGUCUAGGAAGCUGUCCCCCCGGUUCGUCGGGCCAUUCAGAGUGGUCCGGCGAGUCAACCCAGUGGCCUACUGCCUGCAACUUCCCCCCACCAUGUGGGUGCAUCCCACAUUCCAUGUGUCCCUCCUCAAGCCCGUCGCCACCUGUCCCCUGGCUCCCCCUCCUCGUCCUGUUCCCCCGCUGUGCCUCGUCGGAGGGCAGCCGGCUUUUACUGUGGACUGGAUCCUGGACUGCCGGCGGGUGGGGUCUCCAAUUUCUGGUGGACUGGGAGGGUUAUGAGCCGGAGGAGCGGUCCUGGGUGCCCAGGAGGGACAUUCUGGACCCAGAGCUGAUAACAACAUUCCGUCGAGGGGCGGGGGGGGGGGGGGGGGGGGGGGGGGGGGGGCACUGUUACAGGAGGGGGUCGCAAUUCCAGAGCAACCCACUUGGUGUCAUCCUCCAACAUCCUUAGGCACCUCCAUACUCACAGUCUGACUAAUCAUCAUCCUAUUGGUGUCACCUGUGUCUACCUGUUCACCUGUGUAUUUAUGCUGUCACUUCCCUGUGUUCCCUUGCUCAGUUUUCUCUGCUAGCUAUGCUCUGCAGUACUAAUCAGUGUCUGAUCGAAGAAGUACGUACAGGUAUUUGAGAAGUGUUCUCCCUGUUUCUUUAUUAUUUCAGUCGCAGUUACUAUUUCGUAUUUUUGCUGUCAGACUGUUUUUGGAGACUUAGUUCCUCCAUCUUUCUUUUAUCGUGUUAAGUCAGUUGUUUUGUAUCCUGGCUUCGGGACCACCAGUAAAGAUCCUUGUUUCACCAUCUCUGCAUACUGCCUACUGUCUAUCCUGCACCGCACCUGGGUCACACCUUUACAUUUACAUUUUAGUCAUUUAGCAGAUGCUCUUAUCCAGAGCGACUUACAGUUAGUGAGUGCAUACUUUUUUGUUCUUUUUUUCCCCCCAUACUGGCCCCCCGUGGGAAUCGAACCCACAACCCUGCCGUUGCAAGCGCCAUGCUCUACCAACUGCGCUACACGGGCCCAUCAUGCAGACCGUGAUAAUAAACAGCAACUAGCCAUUAUCACCUUUCCUUCUAACAGUACAGAAAUAUACACAUGUACUGCACAUCCUGUGGACAAUCAUCCUUUCUCCUACUCUGUCGAUUGGUGCAACUUACAAGCGGUUAACUGGGCAGGGUUAGAGUCAAUGCCAUUUCAUUUAAGUCAAUUCAGGAAGUAAACUGACAUUCUAAUUCCAAUUUUCCUCAUGAAAAAGCUGUGAGGAAAAUUUGAAAUAGAAUUUCAGUUACUGAAAUGGACUUAAUUGAAAUGGAAUAGACCCCAGCCCUGAUCACAAGUGCUCCCUUAUUAACUGGCAGCUUUCGGGAGAAACACCACAGCAAUGGAUAUUCAAUACACAGGUGUAACAUUGCAGCACGCAUUUUCAAUUUAUGUUGAACUUACUGAGCAAUUUUGUGCAUUUAUAUGUUUAAAAUAUAAAUGUGGUCCUCUGUAGCUCAGCUGGUAGAGCACGGCGCUUGUAACGCCAAGGUAGUGGGUUCGAUCCCCGGGACCACCCAUACACAAAAAAAAUGUAUGCACGCAUGACUGUAAGUCGCUUUGGAUAAAAGCGUCUGCUAAAUGGCAUAUUAUAUUAUUAUUAUAUUAUUAAAAGAAUAUCACCAUCUGCGAAGAACAGGUUUGAAUGACAGCAAAUAACCAGAGCUAUCCCUUUUUUAAAACCUGAUGCCAACAUGUAAUGACAGGAGAGGGUUUUGUGUUACCUUUCUUUUCAGGUUUGUCUUUUACAUCCUCAAACUACACCUCACACCAACCCUUACAUUCUGGCCCCCUGACCAUCCGCUCAAGAAGAAAUCGGCCCACUGCUGAAUCUAGUUGAUGAUCCCUAUAUUAGACCAAGUCAUUAGAACAGCAGCUGAAGUCAAUGAUUAUACAGUUGAAGUCGGAAGUUUACAUACACUUAGGUUGGAGUCAUUAAAACUUGAUUUUCAACCACUCCACACAUUUAUUGUUAACAAACUAUAGUUUUGGCAAGUCGGUUAGGACAUCUACUUUGUGCAUGACACAAGUAAUAUUUCCAACAAUUGUUUAGACAGAUUAUUUCACUUUUAAUACACUGUAUCACAAUUCCAGUGGGUCAGAAGUUUACAUACACUAAGUUGACUGUGUCUUUAAACAGCUUGGAAAAUUCCAGAAUAUGUCAUGGCUUUAGAAGCUUCUGAUAGGCUAAUUGACAUCGUUUGAGUCAAUUGGAGGUCUACCUGUGGAUGUAUUUCAAGGCCUACCUUCAAACUCAGUGCCUCUUUGCUUGACAUCAUGGGAAAAUCAAAAGAAAUCAGCCAAGACCUCAGAAAACAUUUUGUAGACCUCCACAAGUUUGGUUCAUCCUUGGGAGCAAUUUCCAAACGCCUGAAGGUACCACGUUCAUCUGUACAAACAAUAGUACGCAAGUAUAAACACCAUGGGAUCACGCAGCCAUCAUACCGCUCAGGAAGGAGACGCGUUCUGUCUCCUAGAGAUUAACGUACUUUGGUGCAAAAAGUGCAAAUCAAUCCCAGAACAACAGCAAAGGACCUUGUGAAGAUGCUGGAGGAAACAGGCACAAAAGUAUCUAUAUCCAGAGUAAAAACGAGUCCUAUAUCGACAUAACCUGAAAGGCCGCUCAGCAAGGAAGAAGCCACUGCUCCAAAACCGCCAUAAAAAAGCCAGACUACGGUUUGCAACUGCACAUGGGGACAAAGAUCGUACUUUUUGGAAAAAUGUCCUCUGGUCUGAUGAAACAAAAAUUGACUGUUUGGCCAUAUGACCAUCGUUAUGUUUGGAGGAAAAAGGGGGUUACUUGCAAGCCGAAGAACACCAUCCCAACCGCAGGGUGGCAGCAUCAAUCUGUGGGGGUGCUUUGCUGCAGGAGGGACUGGUGCACUUCACAAAAUAGAUGGCAUCAUGAGGAAGGAAAAUUAUGUGGAUAUAUUGAAGCAACAUCUCAAGACAUCAGUAAGGAAGUUAAAGCUUGGUCGCAAGUGGGUCUUCCAAAUGGACAAUGACCCCAAGCAUACUUCCAAAGUUGUGGCAAAAUGGCUUAAGGACAACAAAGUCAAGGUAUUGGAGUGGCCAUCACAAAGCCCUGACCUCAAUCCUAUAGAACAUUUGUGGGCAGAACUGAAAAAGCAUGUGCGAGCAAGGAGGCCUACAAACCUGACUCAGUUACACCAGCUCUGUCAGGAGGAAUGGGCCAAAAUUCACCCAACUUAUUGUGGGAGGCUUGUGGAAGGCUACCCGAAACGUUUGAUCCAAGUUAAACAAUUUAAAGGCAAUGCUACCAAAUACUAAUUGAGUGUAUGUAAAUUUCUGACCCACUGGGGACGUGUUGAAAGAAAUAAAAGCUGAAAUAAAUCACUCUACUAUUAUUCUUACAUUUCACAUUCUUAAAAUAAAGUGGUGAUCCUAACUGACCUAAGACCGGGAAUUUUUACUAGGAUUAAAUGUCAGGAAUUGUGAAAAACUGAGUUUAAAUGUAUUUGGCUAAGGUGUAUGUAAACUUCCGACUUCAACUGUACUUUAACCUGUAAAUAUACCAUCUUUAUCUAAAUGUUCCUGGGUGCGGCAUGAAUAUGAGAUGCAUAAUUAUAUAAUUGUGUUGAAGGAGUCAGGCGCAGGAGGGUAUAUCACAGAAUAACAGGCUUUAAUCCGCAAAAUACAGGUUUACGCAGAAAUACGUCAAACCCACUCCAGGGCACAAAAACAGGCGCACUGGAAAAUACAAGGCACACAGGAAAUAUUCCCAUCGAUACAAAAUACACGAGCUCCACCGAGCUUCACUAACCUCCACAAUAAACAAUCACCCACACAGACAAGGAAGCAGAGGGAACACUUAUACAAUGACUAAUGAGGUAAUAAGCACCAGGUGUGUGUGAUUGAAGACAAGACAAAUGGAUCGUCAGUAGCUAGUAAGCUGGUGACACUGAACGCCGAAACAUGCCCGAACAAGGAGGGGAGGCAGCCUUGGCGGUAUACCCCCCCCCGGGCCGGGAGGACGCGGAGAAGGGCGAGUCGGAUGGCGAUGGUGGAAAUCCCGUAACAUGGAGGGAUCGAGGAUAUCCCUCACCGGGACCCAGCACUGUUCCGCCAGACCGUACCCCUCCCACUCCACGAGGUACUGAAGGCCCCCCAUCUGACGCAUCGAAUCCAGAAUGGAACGGACAGAGUACGCCAGGGCCCCCUCGAUGUCCAGAGGAGGUGGAGGGACCUCCUGCACCUCAGACUCCUGGAUCGGACCAGCUACCACCGGCCUGAGGAGAGACACAAGAAACGAGGGGUUAAUACGGUUAUCAGGGGGAAGUAAUAACCUAUCCUCGAGAGCCAGACCCGAUCCCCCGGUACAAAGACGGGGGCCUCACUGCGGUGGCGUCAGCGUUGGCCUUCUGAUGACGCACGGCGCGUUGGAGGUGAACGUGGACACAUCCCACGUCUCCUCCGUGCGCCGAAACCAGUCAUCCACCGCAGGAGCCUCGGUCUGGCUCUGGUGCCACGGUGCCAGAACCGGUUGGUAACCUAGAACACACUGGAAAGUCAUUAGGUUAGUGGAGGAGUGGCGGAGAGAGUUCUGGGCAUAUUCUGCCCAUGGCAAGAACACAUUCUACUCCCCCGGCCUGUCCUGGCAGUAGGACCGCAGGAACCUACCCACGUCCUGAUUGACCCAUUCCACCUGCCCAUUACUCUCGGCGUGGAACCCAGAGGUCAGGCUGACCGAGACCCCCAAACGUUCCAUGAACGCCUUCCAGACCUUGGACGUGAACUGGGGACCUCGGUCAGAAACGAUUUCCUCUGGUACUCCGUAGUGCCGGAAGACGUGUAUAAACAGGGCCUCCGCAGUUUGCAGAGCCUUGGGGAGACCGGGCAGAGGAAGGAGGCGGCAGGCUUUAGAAAAGCUGUCCACAACGACCAGGAUGGUUGUGUUACCUUGGGAGAGAUCAAUUAAAAAAUCAACACUUAGGUGAGACCAUGGUCGUUGUGGAACUGGUAAAGGUUGUAACUUACCAGCUGGGAGGUGCCUAGGUGCCUUACUCUGGGCACACACUGAGCAGGAGGAGACAUACACCCUCACGUCCUUAGCCAAGGUAGUUCACCAGUAUUUUCCGGUCAGGCAGCGCACUGUACGGCCGAUAUCUGGGUGACCAGAGGAGGGUGACGUGUGUGCCCAGUAGAUCAGACGAUCACGGAUAAGAGCAGGCACAUACUGUAGCCCAUCUGGACACUGAGGUGGAGAGGGAUCCGUGUGUAAUGCCUGCUCUAUAUCCGUGUCCAUCGCCCAUACUACCGGCGCCACAAUGCAGGAGGCCGGCAGUAUGGGGGUGUUGUCGCUGGGCCUCUCCUCUGUGUCAUACAGCCGGGACAGUGCGUCUGCCUUCACGUUCUUCGUACCCAGGAUGUAUAAUAGAGUGAAGUCAAACCGGGUGAAGAAUAGGGCCCACCUGGCCUGGCGAGGAUUCAGCCUCCUCGCUGCCCGGAUGUACUCCAGGUUAUGGUGGUCCGUCCAGACGAGGAAAGGGUGUUUUGCCCCCUCGAGCCAAUGCCUCCACACGGUCAAGGCUCGGACAACAGCCAACAGCUCCCGAUCACCAACGCCUUAGUUCUGCUCCACCGGGCUGAGCUUUUUCAAGAAGAAUGUACAGGGGCGGACCUUGAGUGGCGUACCCGAGUGUUGAGACAGGACAGCUCCUAUCCCAACUUCGGACACAUCCACCUCCACCUCAAACGGUAGUGAUGAAUCGGGGUGGGCCAGUACUGGGGCUGAGGUGAACAGACCCCGCAGUUUGCUGAACGCCAGGUCAGCCUCAGCAGACCAGCGGAGCCGGGACGGCCCACCCUUCAACAGGGAGGUAAUGGGAGCUGCGACCUUGCCAAAGCCCUGGAUAAACCUCCAAUAGUAGUUGGCAAAGCCAAGGAAGCGCUGCACCUCCUUAACCGUGGUUGGAGUCGGCCAAUUACACACAGCUGAAAUGCGAUCUCCCUCCAUCUCCACACCUGAGGUGGAAAUGCGGUAUCCAAGGAAGGAGACGGACUGCUGGAAAAACAUACACUUCUCUGCCUUAGCAUAAAGGUAAUUUUCCAACAGUCGGGCCAGCACCUUGCGAACCAGGGACACAUGCUCGGCGCGCGUAGCGGAAUACACCAGGAUGUCAUCGAUGUAGACCACUACACCGCGACCAAAGCAUAUCCCGAAACACCUCAUUCACAAAGGACUGGAAAACGGAGGGAGCAUUCAUCAAACCAUAGGGCAUCACCAGGUAUUCAUAAUGCCCCGUGGUUGUGCUGAAUGCUGUCUUCCACUCAUCUCCCUCUCGGAUACGCACCAGGUUGUACGCACUCCUGAGAUCUAAUUUGGUGAAGAAGCGCGCCCCAUGCAUUGAUUCAAUCACUGAAGGAAUGAGGGCGAGAGGAUAACUAAAUCUGAUCGUCUCCCUGUUCAGUGGUCGAUAAUCAAUGCACAGGCGCAGACCUCCGUCCUUCUUCUUCACAAAGAAGAAACUCGAGGAGGCGGGUGAAGUGGAGGGACGUAUAUACCCCUGGCGCAGGGACUCGGUGACAUAUGUUUCCAUGGCCACCGUUUCAGCCUGUGACAGGGGGUAUAUAUGACUCCUGGGAGGUACAGCGUCUACCCAGAGGUUUAUUGCGCAAUCCCCCGCCCGAUGCGGUGGUAAUUUAGUCGCCUGCGUUUUAGAGAACGCUUGCGCCAGAUCGAGGUAUUCAGGGAGAAUGCGCACAGUGGAGGUACCGUCUGGACUUUCCACCGUGGUUGCACCAACGGAAACACCUAGACACCUACCCUGACACUCUCGUGACCACCCUGUGAGAACCCUCUGCAGCCAUGAGAAGGUGGGGUUGUGGAGUACUAGCCAAGGGAUACCUAAUACCACAGGGAAAGCAGGAGACUCAAUAAUGGAAAAAGUAACCUGCUCACAAUGAGUCUCCUGGGUAAUCAUGGUGACUGGUGCAGUAACUUCCUUAACCAACCUGGACCCUAAUGGUCGACUAUCAAGUGCUCUGAUGGGGCGUGGAAUGGAUAGGGGAAUCAUUGGAAUGCCUAUACGGUGUGCGAAUGCCCUGUCCAUAAAGUUCCCAGCUGCGCCUGAGUCAACUAGCGCCUUACACUGGGGAACUACCAUGUGCUCAGGAAAGGAGAUGUGUAUUUUACAGUGCGCAGCAGAGGGCUCUGAACGAGUGUGGGUGUUCGAUACCUGGGGUGAUGCGAGAGUACCCUGCCUGCCGCCUCCAACCCCAGAAGAGCGUUGACGAAAACUUGUGGUGAAAUGUCCCUUCGCGCCACCAGUGUGGCCCUUUCGCUGUCGUCCUCCGCUCUCUCAGCUAACGGUUCCACCCAUCUCCAUCGUUUCUGGAUCCGAGUCAGCCGGGAUGGAAACGGGCAGACCUCCUCCAGGACGUCCUCUUGUUGCCAGCAGGUUGUCCAAACGAAUGGCCAUGUCCACCAGUUGCGAGAAGGACAACAUGGUGUCACGGCAGGCUAGCUCCCGUCGGACAUCCUCUCGCAGAUGGCACCGGAAAUGGUUGAACAGGGCCCGCUCGUUCCACCCGGACCCAGCUGCCAGAGUUUGAAACUCCAAUGUGAAGUGCUGCGCAGUCCUCGUCCCCUGCCUUAGGUGGACCAGCCGCUAACCCGCCUCUCGACCCUCGGGCGGGUGAUCGAAGACCGCCCCGAAGAGGCGAGCGAAUUCCCCGUAGUUCUCCAAUGCGGCUCCUCCUUCGUUCGACACCGCGUAGGCCCACUCCAGGGCUUUCCCCGAGAGGCAGGAGACGAGGGCGGACACCUUUUUUCGCUCCGAUGGGAUCGGCCGGAUGCUGGAGAAGUAGAGCUCCAGUUGGAGAAGGAAUCCUUGGCACAGCGCCGCUCUCCCGUCGAACUCCCGUGGUCGGGAUAUCUGGAUCCCUCUGGGUGCUGGGGAGUAGGUGGAGGGAUCCGGUUGGACAGCUGGUCUCGACGGAUCGGGCUCUCUCCUCUCCAGGCGUUGGACGACCUGAAGAACCCGAUCCAUCGCUUCACCCAAGCUGGCUAGCAUAGUUGAAUGCUCCUGGCCCGUUCCACGACUCCAGGCAUGCCGCUGACUCCAUGAAAGGUGGGUGAUUCUGUGAUGAGGUGGUAUUGAAGGAGUCAGGCGCAGGAGGGUAAAUCACAGAAUAACAGUCUUUAAUCCGCAAAAUACAGGUUUACGCAGAAAUGCGUCAAACACACUCCAGGGCACAAAAACAGGUGCCUGGAAAAUACAAGGCACAUGGGAAAUACUCCCGUCGAUAAAAAAUACACGAGCUUCACUGACCUCCACAAUAAACAAUCACCCACACAGACAAGGAAGCAGAGGGGACACUUAUACAAUGACUAAUGAGGGAAUAAGGACCAGGUGUGUGUGAUUGAAGACAAGAAAAAUGGAGUGAUGAUAAAUGGAUCGGCAGUAGCUAGUAAGCCGGUGACGCCGAACGCCAAAACCUGCCCGAACAAGGAGGGGAGGCAGCCUCGGCGGAAGUCGUGACAAUAAUAUAUAUUACAUUUACAAAUGUGAUUUAGGACAUAACAUACUGGUCAUGGGAUUGUCCUAUUUAGUAUUGAAAAAAUAUGAGAUCCAGUCAACUUGUUGCACCAGAGGGAUGCAUGAUGAGCUUACUGACAUCAUUUACACUACCAGUCAAAAGUUUGGACACACCUACUCAUUCAAGGGUUUUUCUUUAUUUUUACUAUUUUUACAUUGUAGAAUAAUAGUGAUGACAUCAAAACUAUGAAAUAACACAAAUGGAAUCAUGUAGUAACCAAAAAAGUGUUAAACAAAUCAAAUUGUAUUUUAUGUUUGAGAUUCUUCAAAUAACCACCCUUUACCUUGAUGACAGCUUUGCACACUCUUGGCAUUCUCUCAACCAGCUUCAUGAGGUAGUCACCUGGAAUGCAUUUCAAAUAACAUGUGUGCCUUCUUAAAAGUUAAUUUGUGGAUUUUAUUUUGAGCCAAUCAGUUGUGUUGUGACAAGGUGGCCCUAUUUGGUAAAGAUAGCCCUAUUUGGUAAAAGACCAAGUCCAUAUUAUGGCAAGAAAAGCUCAAAUAAGCAAAUAGAAACAACAGUCCAUCAUUACUUUAAGACAUGAAGAUCAGUCAAUACGGAACAUUUCAAGAACUUUUAAAGUUUCUUCAAGUGCAGUCACAAAAACCAUCAAGCGCUAUGAUGAAACUGCUCUCAAGAGGACCGCCACAGGAAUGGAAGAGCCAGAGUUCCCUCUGCUGCAGAGGAUAAGUUUGUUAGAGUUACCAGCCUCAGAAAUUGCAGCCCAAAUCAAUGCUUCACAGAGUUCAAGUAAUAGACACAUCUCAACAUCAACUGUUCAGAGGAGACUGUGUGAAUCAGGCCUUCAUGGUCGAAUUGCUACAAAGAAACCACUACUAAAGGACACCAACAAGAAGAAGAGACUUGCUUGGGCCAAGAAACACGAGCAAUGGACAUUAGACCGGUGGAAAUGUGUCCUUUGGCCUGGAGUCCAAUUGGAGAGUUUUGGUUCCAACCGCCGUAUCUUUGUGAGACGCGGUGUGGUUGAACGGAUGAUCUCCGCAUGUGUAUUUCCCACCGUAAAGCAUGGAGGAGGAGGUGUUAUGGUGUGAGGGCGCUUUGCUGAUGAUACUGUCUGUGAUUUAUUUAGAAUUCAAGGCACACUUAACCAGCAUGGCUACCACAGCAAUCUGCAGCAAUCCGCCAUCCAAUCUGGUUUGGGCUUAGUGGGACUAUCAUUUGUUUUUCAACAGGACAAUGACCGAACACACCUCCAGGCUGUGUACGGGCUAUUUUACCAAGAAGGAGAGUGAUAGCGUGCUGCAUCAGAUGACCUGGCCUCCAGAAUCCCCUGACCUCAAUCCAAUUGAGAUGGUUUGGGAUGAGUCGGACGGCAGAGUGAAGAAAAAGCAGCCAACAAUGCUCAGAAUAUGUGGGAACUCCUUCAAGACUGUUGGAAAAGCAUUCCAGGUGAAGCUGGUUGAGACAAUGCCAAGAGUGUGCAAAGCUGUCAUCAAGGUAAAGGGUGGCUGUUUGAAGAAUCUCAAACAUAAAAUACAAUUUAAUUUGUUUAACACUUUUUUGGUUACACAUGAUUCCAUAUGUGUUAUUUCAUAGUUUUGAUGUCUUCACUAUUAUUCUUGAAAAUAGUAAAAAUAAAGAAAAACCCUGGAAUGAGUAGGGUGUCCAAACUUUUGACUGGUACUGUACAUCAAUAUGAUAUGCUCCAUCUGAAGUGGUCUCAUGGUGUGUAAGUAUGUAUAGGUGUCUGAAGAGAUCUCAUAUGUUGUGUGUGUCUGGCUUUGUGAAGUAGAUUCAUGGUGCAUCAUGUUUGUGUAUUUCUAGAUUUUUUAAGUGCAUUCACAAUAUAUCUGACUGACUGGAUAAACUGCCCUUGUGUGUCUGGACAAACCAGUAUGUUUGGCUGUGUGAAGUGCCUUCGUGGUGUGCGUGCGUGUGUGUGUGUGUGUGUGUGUGUGUGCAUGUGCGUGUGUGUGCACGUGUGUGUGUCAUCCCUGCAUCUGUCUAGCAUCUUUUGACUAUUCCUUCAGGGCAGACAGACAGAGCCCCCACAGAAAUAAACACACAGACUAUCUACUCUCUGUGGGCUGUGUUGUGUUGAUGCGUCCUGCAAACUGAGGAUGUGUCCCAAGUGGCACCCUAUUCCCUAUAUAGUGCACUACGUUUUACCAGAGCCCAUAGGGAAUAGGAUGCCAUUUGGGAUGCAGUCAGAGUGUGAUGUUCAGUCAUCACAAACAGAGGUAAUCAGGCCUUUCCCUAUUUUGGCAUGUGUCCCUAAUGGCAUCACUUUCCCUAUGUAGUACGCUUAUUUUGACCAGAUCCCUAUGGGCCCUGGUCAAAAGUAGUGCACUACACUCUUAGAAAAAAAGUGUUCUUCAGCUGUCCCCAAAGGAGAACGCUUUGACGAACCCCUUUUGGUUCCAGAUAUAACCCUUUUGGUUCCAGGUAAAACCCUUUUGAGUUCCAUGUAGAACCCUUUCCACAGACGGUACGACAUGGAACCCAAAAUACUUCUACCUGGAAGCAAAAAGGGUUCUCCUAUGGGACAGCUGUAGAACCCUUUUUGAACCCUUUUUUCUAAGAGUGUAGGGAAUCGGGUGCCAUUUGGGAUGCAACCCUGGCCUUUUGUUGUAGGGAGGUGUAGCCUACCUGUAUACCUGCCGCAGGCUCUAUAGACUCCAUCGAUUUUCUCUCAAAUCAAUUCUGAGGAAUUGCUUCUUCACCACCAAAUGUCAGUUGGAAACCAGUGGAGUGUGAAGGGCAGAAUUCCGAGGGCUUUCCUGAGUUUUGUUCUGUCAGCCGGAGAUGGGCUGGAGUGUUUGCGGAGAAUGGAGAACUCAAAGGUGUGUGUGUGGGUGUGUCUGACAGCUGGGAUACAAAGAACGCAAAAGGAACAAAGGGCCUGGCCAUCACACCACACUGUGCCGCACGCGACUCACAGUUAGACACACACACACACACACACACACACACACACACACACACACACACACACACACACACACACACACUGCAUGUGUAGCACAUGGGGAUGUGUGAAACUUACUCCUCAGCCUGAAAUGUCCCCACUUGCACCAGCAAAUAGCUAGGUUUUCGCGUGGCGCAGACUGGUAAGACACUUAAGGAAGGAAGUCACGUGUUCUAGCAAGGCAGAGAUCUCGAGGUUGCGCCAGGUAUGGGCCGAAUCGAGAGGAAGUGGUACUCGCUAAGCAAGCAGCGUGAUGUCCUUUACACACAUGCAUACACACAAAGUCUGGACACAUGAGAGAGAAUAGUGUGAGCUAGCUCAAGGACAGACUUUGGAUGUCCGAUUGACCGCUUUAGACUCCGUUUUCUUUGUUGAUGUUUUAAUGGAGGGAACUCAGCAGUAAUAUUGAUCUGUUUGUCUCCCACUGAGGUGUGUGUCUCUCUGUCUGUCUGAGUUGAUGGUGUUUUAGGUUUGUGAAGAAAUUCAGGGAAUUGUUUUGCAAAAUUCAAGUCUCGCCAACUAAUGUUCUGGUUGAUAAAACAAAUGCAGUAGAUUAUCAGUCAGUUUUCUCUGGAUCAGAUUGUGGGUGUGUUUUUGGAAUUGAGCCAAACACAUAAUUUGGUAGGUUCCCAAAUGAAUAAAUUCAGGACACUAAGCGGGAUCGAUAUUGUCAUGGAACUGUCACGCCCUGACUCUAGAGACUCGUAUUUGUUGAGUCAAGGUGUGUGUAUUUCGUGUUGUGUUUAUUUCUAUGUGUAGAUUCUAGAAUGUAUAGAUCUAUGUUGGCCUGUGUGGUUCCCAAUCAGAGGCAGCUGUUGCUCGUUGUCUCUGAUUGGGGACCAUACUUAGGCAGCCUUUUGACACCUGUUAGUUGUGGGAUCUUGUUCCGUGUGAGGUAUGUUUGUGUGCUACCUUGGACUUCACGUUUCGUUUGUUGUUUUGUCGUGUGUUUAGUCGUCAAUAAACAUGAAUGCAUAUCACGCUGCGCCUUGGUCCGUCUCGUCCGUAAACGAUCGUGACAGAGGAUCCCACCAAAAUAGGACCAAGCAGCGUGUUCAGGAGCAAACACCGGGAAUUAAACAGGAGGUUACGUCAGUAGAUGUCCUCCUCGGUUGGGGGAGAAUCACGGAGGAGGAGGCCGUCCGUUACCGGAGGGCGAUGAAUGAGGAUGCCCAGGUAGGAGAGGAGAAAUGGCGCCAACAGUGCCGACGACGGAGACCCGAGAGGCAAACCCAAUAAUUCUUUUUGGGGGGGGCACACGGUGUGGACGACGAGUUAGCAGGAGGCAGCGACAGGGCGAAUCUGCAGGUUAGGAGAGGAGGCCACCAGGUUACGAGGGCUAUUGGUCCAGAGGGAGCAGGAGUUAUUUGGUCAGAGGGAGGAGCUACAGGAGGCUAUAAGGGAGAAGGAGAGUGUAGAGGCACGGCGAGAGGAGCUGGUUAGGCAGCAGAAGGGGCGGGGGUUUAUAAGGGAACCCAGUCCCGCUCCUCGCACCAAGCAAGUGGUGCGUGUCGCCAGUCCGGUCCGGCCCGUUCCUGAUCCCCGCACUAAGCCAGUGGUGCGUGUUCCCAGUACGGCCCGACCCAUUCCUGCUUCCCGCACAAGGCCAGUGGUGUGUGUUCCCAGUACGGUCCGGCCCGUUCCUGCUCCCCGCACUAGGCCAGUGGUGUGUGUUCCCAGUACGGUCCGGCCCGUUCCUGCUCCCCGCACUAAGCCAGUGGUGCGUGUUCCCAGUACGGCCUGACCCAUUCCUGCUCCCUGCGCUAGGCCAGUGGUGCGUGUUCCCAGUACGGCCCGACCCGUUUUUGCUCCCCGCACUAAGCCAGUGGUGUGUGUUCCCAGUACGGUCUGGCCCGUUUCUGCUCCCCGCACCAAGCCAGUGGUGCGCGUCGCCAGCCCGGCCCGGCCUGUUCCUGUCCCUCGCACCAAGCCAGUGGUGCGCGUUGCCAGCACGGUCCGGCCCGUUCCUGCUCCCCGCACUAGGCCAGUGGUGUGUGUUCCCAGUACGGUCCGGCCCGUUCCUGCUCCCCGCACUAAGCCAGUGGUGCGUGUUCCCAGUACGGCCUGACCCGUUCCUGCUCCCCGCACUAGGCCAGUGGUGCGUGUUCCCAGUACGGCCCGACCCGUUUUUGCUCCCCGCACUAAGCCAGUGGUGUGUGUUCCCAGUACGGUCUGGCCCGUUUCUGCUCCCUCGCACCAAGCCAGUGGUGCGCGUCGCCAGCCCGGUCCGGCCUGUUCCUGUCGCUCGCACCAAGCCUGUGGUGCGCGUCACACCAAGCCUGUGGUGCGCGUCGCCAGCCCGGCCCGUCCUGUUCCUGCCCCUCGCACCAAGCCUGUGGUGCGCGUCGCCAGCCCGGCCCGGCCUGUUCCUCCCCCUCGCACCAAGGCAGUGGUGCACGUCGCCAACCCGGCCCGGCCUGUUCCUGCCCCUCGCACUAAGCCAGUGGUGCGCGUCGCCAGCCCGGUCCGGCCUGUUCCUGUCCCUCGCACCAAGCCAGUGGUGCGCAUCGCCAGUCCGGUACGGCCCCGUACCUGCUCCCCGCACCAAGCCAGUGGUGCGCGUCGUCAGCCCGGUCCGGCCCGUUCCUGCUCCCCGCACCAAGCCAGUGGUGCGUGUGUCCAGUCCGGCACGGCCCGUGCCUGUUCCACCGGUCAGCUGCUCCACUCCGGAGCCAGAGCAAUCCGCUCCACCGGGGUCCGGUCCAACUCUGGUCAGCUGCUCCACUCCGGAGCCAGAGCAAUCCGCUCCACCGGGGUCCGGUCCAACUCCGGUCAGCGGAUCCACUCCGGAGCCAGAGCAAUCCGCUCCACCGGGGCCCAGUCCAGCUCUGGUCAGCCACUCCACUCCGGAGCCAGAGCAGUCCGCUCCACCGGUGCCUGAUCCAGCUCCGGUCAGCGGUUCCACUCCGGAGCCAGAGCAGUUCGAUCCACCGUCGUCGGGUCCAGCUCCAGUCAGCGGUUCCAGUCCAGACCCAGACGUCAGCCCCUCUCCAGGUUCGGGGUCUCCCACACCAGGGUCCAGACAGGGCUUGGUACGUCGUGGGAGGAAGGAGAGGGGAAGCAGCGCGCCGAGGUCCAGACCAGACCAGGGGCGCAACAGGGAGGUGGAGAGUAAGUGGUGGUCACGCCCGGAGCCGGAUCCGCCUCCGAGGCGGAAUGCCCACCCGGCCCCUACCCUGUUAUGUUUAUGUGGCACGGUUGGAGUCCGCACCUUUGGGGGGGGUGGGGGGGGGUACUGUCACGCCCUGACUCUAGAGACUCGUAUUUGUUGAGUCAAGGUGUGUGUAUUUCGUGUUGUGUUUAUUUCUAUGUGUAGAUUCUAGAAUGUAUAGAUCUAUGUUGGCCUGUGGCAGCUGUUGCUCGUUGUCUCUGAUUGGGGACCAUACUUAGGCAGCCUUUUGACACCUGUUAGUUGUGGGAUCUUGUUCCGUGUGAGGUAUGUUUGUGUGCUACCUUGGACUUCACGUUUUGUUUGUUGUUUUGUCGUGUGUUUAGUCGUCAAUAAACAUGAAUGCAUAUCACGCUGCGCCUUGGUCCGUCUCGUCCGUAAACGAUCGUGACAGGAACUUCUAAUCAAUAAUGAGGAGAGACAGGGUCAAUCACCAAUCAGGAUAUUACUUUAUUCAAAACAUAUUAAUAGGGCAGCAGGUCACACCCCCCACACCCGUGAAUGGAGUAAGUGCUUUGCAAUAUUGAGGCUGGUCGACCCAACACUCUUGAGUGUUGGGCCGAGAGCUCUCACAUACAAAUAAUACAAAUAUAUUUUAUAGCACGAUACACCCUCUCAGUCUACAUGACAAACAGCAGAUGUGUGGAAUGGGUCAAAAGGUGAGACUUGAUAUAUGAGAAAGGAGUAUCCCCCAGCCAGAUAGCAUUUGCUGCGAAGACUGUUCUCAUUGUAUGGAAACCAGGGUUUGGCCCCUACCCGAGCCAUCUCUCCCUGGUACCUUACAUUACACAAACACCAACUCAUUCUAUGGAAAGCAUUUGUAGGUUUUAUCACCAAACCAUUCAUAAAUCAAUUGUCAGCUCCAGAUACCCCUAUCUCGAGUAAAACCCAUGUCCUUGACCACACGCCUAGACUAGCUGCAGUGAGCUGGAGUAGAAACCAUCCCUUUACAAAAAUACAGCAUUAGUAGAACAGUAUAUAAUUGUUAACUAUUAAUAUUAAACAAAGCAGGUAAACAUGUUACAUGUAAAUGUUUCUCUCACAAUAGAGAGAGUGAGUGAAUGAGAGAGAGAGAGAGAGAGACUACUAGAAUCUGAAGUCAAAUGUCUACUGUUUGCUGAUGAUCUAGUGCUUCUGUCCCCAACCAAGGAGGGCCUACAGCAGCACUUAGAUAUUCUGCACAAAUUCUGUCAGACCUGGGCCCUGACAGUUAAUCUCAGUAAGACAAAAAUAAUGGUCUUCCAUAAAAGGUCCAGUUGCCAGGACCACAAAUACAAAUUCCAUCUAGACACCGUUACCCUAGAGCACACAAAAAACGAUACUUACCUUGGCCUAAACAUCAGCACCACAGGUAACUUCCACAAAGCUGUGAACGAUCUGAGAGACAAGGCAAGAAGGGUCUUCUAUGCCUUCAAAAGGAACAUACAAUUUUACAUCCCAAUUAGGGAUUAAAUACUUGAAUCAGUUAUAGAAUCCAUUGCAAUUUAUGGUUAUGAGGUCUGGGGUCCGCUCACCAACCAAGAAUUCACAAAAUGGGGCAAACACCAAAUUGAGACUCUGCAUGCAGAAUUCUGCAAAACCAUCCUCCGUGUACAAUGUAAAACACCAAAUAAUGCAUGCAGAGCAGAAUUUGGACGAUACCCGCUAAUUAUCAAAAUCCAGAAAAGAGCCGUUAAAAUCUACAACCACCUAAAAGGAAGCGAUUCCCAAACCUUCCAUAACAAGUAAUCACCUACAGAGAGAUUAACCUAAGCAAGCUGGUCCUGGGGCUCUGCUCACAAACAUAAACAGACCCCACAGGACAGCAACACAAUUAGACCCAACCAAAUCAUGAGAAAACUAAAAUAUAAUUACUUGACACAUUGGAAAGAAUUAACAACAAAACUGAGCAAACUGGAAUGCUAUUGCAGAGAGUACACAGUGGCAGAAUACCUGACCACUGUCACUGACCUAAAAUUAAGGAAAACUUUGACCAUGUACAGACUCAGUGAGCAUUGCCUUGCCAUCAAGAGAGGCCGCCAUCGGCAGACCUGGUUCUCAAGAGAAGACAGGCUAUGUGCACACUGUCCACAAAAUGAGGUGGAAACUGAGCUGCACUUCCUAACCUCCUGCCAAAUGUAUGAUCAUAUUAGAGACACAUAUGUCCCUCAGAUUACACAGACCCACAAAUAAUUUCAAAACAAAUCCAAUUUUGAUCAACUCCCAUAUCUAUUGGGUGAAAUACCACAAUGUGCCAUCACAGCAGCAAUAUUUGUGACCUGUUGCCACAAGAAAACGGCAACCAGUGAAGAACAAACAACCCAUAUUUAUGUUUAUUUAUUUUCCGUUUUGUACUUUAACUAUUUGCACAUCGUUAAAACUGUACAUGGCCAUAAUAUGACAUUGAUAUGUCUCUAUUCCUUUGGAACUUUUGUGAGUGUAAUGUUUACUGUUCAUUCUUUAUUGUUUAUUUUACUUUUGUUUAUUAUCUAUUUCACUUGCUUUGGCAAUGUAAACAUAUAUUUCCCAUGCCAAUAAAGCCCUUUGAAUUGAAUUGAGAGAGAGAGAGCGAGAACCAGACACAGAGAUAAAGAAUGAUCUGAUGUCCUCAGAGCCAGGGACUCUCUUUCUCCCUCAUACCCUCAUUCUGUCUCCCCAUAUCUCUCUCUCUCUCUCUCUCUCUCUCUCUCUCUCUCUCUCUCUCUCUAUCUCUCUACUCUCUGAUCGCUCUCUCGUCUCUCUAUCUCUCUCUCUCUCUCUCUCUGUCUGUCUCUCUCUCCCUUUCUCUCUCUGUCCCUCCUUCCUUCUGUCUCUCUUUUCACACACACUGAUGAAACAUGACAAUAUGGAGGAGGGGAGAUGGGACAUUAUGAAUAAUACCUAACAUCAGAGAAUAGGGGAGGAGAGAGAGAGAAGAAUGACAAGAAAGAGAAGGUGAGAGACAGAGAGAGAAAGAGAAAGAGAGAGUUGAGUGAAGAAAACUGAUGUAGUAGUGUGUGUGUGUGUGGGGGGGUUUCUUUCCCUUCCCAAUUGUAAUUUUAAAGAGGGUUUUAAUUAAGCAACUGACAUUUUCUGACCUGUUUCCUGACUGGUCUCCAUGGAGACGCACAGCAGGAUGUAGGAAUAAGGAAAUCAAAGAGCUGUUAGCCAAUCACAGCCAUCCAUCUCAGAAAGAACCAUAUUAGAUCAAUUAUAUCACAGUAAUUACCUUGCGGUUAAAUGGAAAUGUUUUCAAAAUGUUUUGUUAAUGUUCUAUAAUACAAAUGUCAUCUAAAGGGGGAGGAGAUCAUGUCUGCGUCCCAAAUGGCAGCCUGAGCUCUGGUCAAAAGUAGUGCACUAUAUAUGGAUUCCUAAGGUGCCAUUUGGGAAGCAGCCCAUCUCUGGGGUACUAUGAAUCACUUUCAGGUAAGCUUUCCUCGUCUCGCCUAUUACAAAUAAUUCCAAUGUAUAAAACGCUAUAAAUAGGAUGACUGUAUGUGGGAAAAUAUGUGUAGGUUUAUUGGACUGGUUUCCUGUGUACCUGCGCAGUGGGAAGUGGCAUUAACUGAAUGGCUCACAGAAGUUUCUGUAAUGGGGAUAAGAUAGGAGAAAGCAAUCGCUUAUUGGGAGAUUAAGUGUAUGUCCCGAAUGGCAACCUAUUCUCUAUAUAGUGUGUAUGUCCCAAAUGGCAACCUAUUCUCUAUAUAGUGCGUAUGUCCCAAAUGGCAACCUAUUCUCUAUAUAGUGCGUAUGUCCCAAAUGGCAACCUAUUCUCUAUAUAGUGCACUACCUUUGACCGGAGCCCUGGGAUUCAGACAAUGUUUCAACGAGGAAGGAGAUGAUUAACUUUGUGAGAAAUGUGGAGCAUUAAAGGAGCGACAUUGCUUAGAUUCUUGUGAUUGCUGUAUUCAUUCCAUGAAGAGCAAUUACUUAACUGCAGCACAGCAAGACAUUUUCAAUUUGAAUGGACACACAACAGUCAGGUCUCUCUCUGUUCUUUACCCAUCACUCUCACUCUCCUCUUUCCGCGUCCUUACUCUCUUUAGCUAUACAUCUCCCUCACUCCAUCUUCGUCAUCCAUCACUCUCUCUUCUGACCUCUUCCCCCUUCCUCAUUCUCUUUCUCUCUCUUUCUCCCUCUCUCUUUCUGAGAUAGCAUGUUAUACAUCAUUUUUAUUAUGGAAAAGCUUAACUUAACUAUCUUAAUCUAACAUUACAGGCACAUAUACACAAACCUACAAAACAACAUUAUCAACCUCACACAACAGUCAGUCGUGACUGUGGCUCACACACAGAGAUACGUGACUUAUCAAUAAAUGUGUAUUUCCCUCCCAGUCGAAACCUUUAACUCCCUAUUUCAAAUGAAAAGUGAAAAUCCUCUCAGAUUCCAGAUCACCUUCAGAGACCAUGCUGUAUGAAGACUGGAUUACCUACCUCUGAACCCAGACUAUGCUGGGAGAGACUUAAAGACUCUCUCGUCAGACUCCUCGCGCGAGCAACGAGCGAGUCGAUGGAGCGAUAGAGAAGAGAGUAAGAUAGCGAGCUGGAGAUAGAGCUCGCGGCGCGAGAGAGAGCGCGAGAGGCUAUAGGCUAGAUAUUUGAGAGGGAGCGGUCGAUCAUCUCUCUCUGAUCUCUUCUCGUCUAGCUCUCUUCUCUCUCUCUCUCUGUCUCUCUCCUCUCUCUCUCUCUCUCUCUCGCUCUCCCUCCUGACAGAUCUAUCCUCCAUCUCUCUCUAACUAGCUUUUUCAAUCUCUUGCCCUCUCUCUCUCUGUUCUUUUUCCUUUUUCUUUAUUGUCCUCUAAAGCAGCCCAGUUCUCUGGGUUUUCUUCUAGGGGCUUAGGAGAACCAGUGUCUGUCUGGGCUGUCUAGCUGUCUGUAGGGAACUGGUGGCUUUGCUCUUCCCUAUAUAGUCAGACAUCAGUCACAGGCAAUUAAUUAAUCACAGAGACAAAGAAUCACUACAUUAGAUUUUUUUAAAAGUAUUAUUUCCCCCUGGUUUCAGAGAAAAAGUAUAUAUUUUAAUUGAUUUAAUAACAGUUCAUCUCUUUUUUGUGUGCACCUCCUUGCUGUGCUAUUGAAUAGUUUGUUAUGAAACAUCUCUAUUGGAGGUGUCUGGUUGACACAGAAACCAUCACAGGGCCACCGUGUUUCUAUGAAGAGCCUCUGCUGUGAAGAGGUUGGCGUUUUAUGUUGUGAUUUUUACUCAAACUCUUUGGUGUCUCUUUGUGUUGUCUCAAUAAGGCACAGAGCGGACAGCGUAUGCACCUAGGAAAGGUCAUUCCACUGUUAGCGCUCUCUUUACAAACUACCGAUUUUAUAUCAUUCAUCUAUUCAGUCAUUUUGUUUGUUUUGCUAAGAGCACUGUGACAUUUCCAUCACUGAAAGGAUGUCAUCUGUUACAAUGUGAUGGUUUAAGGGGUGAGCUGGAAGAUACACGCAUGCAUGCAAGCACACACACACACACACACAAACACAUGAACAUACACACACACACAAACACAUGAACGUACACACACACACACUCAAAAUGUGUGAAUUUCAACAUAAUCCUUUGUAGUUUGUGCUCCACACAAACGCACACACACACACAUGCACACAUGCACACACACACACACACAAACACACACACACAGACACACACACAGGCACAUUGCAAUCAGGUUUCCAGUACGUCACAUAAAAAAUCUCACGACAGGCCUGAUGGAAACAGCAAAUUUGUCUAUAAACUUCCCAAAUAUCAACAAAACAAAAUACGCUAGACAAGGUGGGAUCUUUUUGUCAGCCAGGUCACCCGUAAAACAAGUCAGUAUUAAACGUCCAGCCAUGUCUGAGGACGCCGGGAGAUGACGUGGAAACCGGCCACUAGGGGCAACAGUGAGCGCUGUUACCUUCAAGUAGGUUUCGGUUUUGCUAGGGCGUUGUGGACAGGGAUAGUGGAUGGGCAUAAGCAUCUGCCUCUCGUAGAAAGUUAUUUUUAUUUUUUUUAUUUUAAACCUAUCCCAAACCUUAACCCUUACCUUAACUAUUUGGGGUUAAUGCCUAACCUUAAGAUUUCAAAGUUAAUGCCUAAACUUAACCCAGUUAAUGCAAAAAAACAUAACUUUAAACACUUUGAAAUUUGACGUUUGGAACAACUUCGAAAUUUGACGUUUGAGAAACAUGGAUGAACGUCUAAUUCUGACGUGAGACUGUGAGAGCAUGUUUCUUUUUGUGUCAGUAAAAUGUAUUAUUAGAAAAAUGGCAGGGAAACGCCUUUAUGCGCAAACAUUGAUAUAAUAACCAUUAUAUCAAAGUAAACUUGGAGUCAUGCGAUGAUACAUUAUGAUGUGUGGUCCUCCCACUACGACUCGGCAAAGCAUACAGUUUAUUAGGCUACAGAUGAAAUAAGUUAUGAUGAACUUCAGAGGGUGGCAAAAGUGCACGGUGAUGAGCUUGAUCAAAUCAAAUAAAUUAAAUUAAAUUUUAUUUAUCACAUGCUUCGUAGACAACAGGUGUAGACUGACAGUGAAAUGCUUACUUAUGUGUCCUUUUCAAACAAUGCAGAGUUAAAGAUAAGAUAAAUGUUUUAUAACAAAUGUCAAUAUUGACACAGUGAAUAAAGAGUAAAAAUAACAUAUAUAUGGAAUAGAAAAUAACAUCGCUAUAUACAGGGAGUACCAGUACAUGUUCAUGUGCAGGGGUACAAGGUAAUUGAGUUAGCUAUGUACUGUGUAUAUACAGUAGGUAGGGGUAAAGUGACUAGCAGUUAUGUAGUGUGUGUGUGUGUGUGUGUGUGUGUGUGUGUGUGUGUGUGUGUGUGUGUGUGUGUGUGUGUGUGUGUGUGUGUGGCAUCAGGAUGCAUGUGUGUGCAUGUUAUGUGUGUGUGUGUGUGUGUGUGUGUUUGUGUGUGUUGGGGUGUCAGUGUAAAUAUGUGUGAGUGUGUGGGUAGAGUCCAGUGUGUGUGCAUAGAGUCAGUGCAAGAGAGUUAGUGCGUAAAAGGGUCAGUGCAGGUAGUUAUUAGCUAUUUUGAUUAGCUAUUUAGCAGUCUUGUUUAGAAGUCUUAUUGCUUGGGGGUAGAAGCUCAGGGUUUAGGGUCCUGUUGGUUCCAGACUUGGUGCAUUGGUACCGCUUGCGGUGCAGUAGCAGAGAGAACAGUCUGUGGCUUGGGUGGCUGGAGUCUUUGACAAUUUCUGUGGCCUUCCUCUGAACCCCCUUGUAUAGAGGUCCUGGAUGGCAGGGAGCUCGGCCCCAGUGAUGUGCUGGGCCGUACGCACUACCCUCUGUAGCGCCUUGCGGUCAGAUGCCAAUCAAUUACCAUACCAAGAGGUGAUGCAGCCAGCCAAUAUGUUGUUUAUGGUGCAGCUGUAGAAUAGCUGUAGAACUUUGAGGAUCUGUGGGCUGGCUGCAUCACCUCUUGUAUUGACAUUUUGCCUGUUUGAAGGUUUGUCAGAGGGCGUAGCGUAAUCCAUUGCUUCUUGUUGAGAUAUGUACGUAUGGUCACUGUAGGGACGAUGUUGUCAAUGCAUGUAUUAAUGAAGCCGGUGACUGAUGUGGUAAAGUCCUCAAUGACAUCGGAUGAAUCCCGGAACAUAUUCCAGUCUGUGCUAAUAAAAAUCAUUGGCCACUAGGAGCGCUGCCUCUGGAUGAGCAUUUUCUUGUUGGCUUAUGGCCCUAUACAGCUCAUUGAGUGCGGUCUUAGUGCCAGCAUUGGUUUGUGGUGGUAAAUAGACAGCUAUGAAAAAUAUAGAUGAAAACUCUCUUGGUAAAUAGUAUGGUCCACAGUUUAUAAUGAGGUAUUCUAACUCAAGCGAGCAGAACCUUGAGACUUCCUUAGUAUAGUUUGUUCUUCAGUGAUUGUAUAUUCGCCAAUAGAACAUAGGGUAGAGGCGGUUUAUUCACUCGCCUCCGUAGUGUCAUCAGGGUGCCCCCACGUUGGCCUCUAUAUCGUCGUCUUUUCCUCUUCCAAGUGUUGGGAUUAAGGCCUGGUCCUGAGUGAGCGGUAUGUCUUGCGCGGCCGAGUCAUUGAUGUAGAAUUCUUCAUCCAAAUUGAGGUUAGUGAUCGAUCCCAGCGCCAUUUUCUUCUCUUCAUGCUCCAUUCCAAUAAAUAUUGAGGGUUUUAUUCUAGUGACAUGAUUAUCGACGCUUGGCUGCUGUUUAACAAAUUAAAAUAAUCUCGCUCUUUUGCCCAUAAUAAUCUCAUCAUGUUGGUGUAGCCUUCCCGCACUGUAUCUGCGAGCUGUUGGAUAGCGCGCACGUGCCAAGACCAGAGUGGGCACAUUCGCUACAUAAUGCAACAUUUUUUAUGAGAAAACCAUCAGUAGAGUGUAAAAUGCAAUAGAAACCCAUUUAACUUGUACUUUUUAUUCGGUACAUGAACGUUUAACUGCAAAAAUGUGUAUGUGAACUACGUACUCACGCACAGCCUUUGAUGGAAACACAUAUUGCACAUAUUGUUUUUAUUCAGAUAUCAGAAUAUUUACAUAAAAAUCUGUCGCCAGUUGGAUGGAAACCUAGCUACAGACACACUUUUAUCUAUUUUAUUUUUGCAAUGUGCUCUGUUUGCCAAAAUAUACAGUGCAUUUGGAAAGUAUUCAGACCCCUUGACUUUUUCCACAUUUUGUUACGUUACAGCCUUAUUCUAAAAUUGAUUCAAUAGUUUUUUUCCCCUCAUCAAUCUACACACAAUACCCCAUAAUGACAAAGCAAAAACAGGUUUUUAGUCAUUUUUGCAAAUUUAUAUUUAAGAAAAAACUGAAAUAUCAAAUUUCAUAAGUAUUCAGACCCUUUACUCAGUACUUUGUUGAAGCACCUUUGGCAGCGAUUACAGCCUUGAGUCUUCUUGGGUAUGACGCUACAAGCUUGGCACACCUGUAUUUCGGGAGUUUCUCCCAUUCUUCACUGCAGAUCCUCUCAAGCCCUAUCAGGUUGGAUGGGGAGCGUCACUGCACAGCUAUUUUCAGGUCUCUCUAGAGAUGUUCAAUCGGAUUCAAGUCGUGCUCUGUCUGGGCCACUCAAGGACAUUCAGAGACUUGUUCUGAAGCCACUCCUGCGUUGUCUUGGCUGUGUGCUUAGGGUCUUUGUCCUGUUGGAAGGUGAACCUUCGCUCCAGUCUGAGGUCCUGAGCGCUCUGGAGCAGGUUUUCAUCAAGGAUCUCUCUGUACUUUGUUCCAUUCAUCUUUCUCUCGAUCCUAACUAGUCUCCCAGUCCCUGCCGCUGAAAAACAUCCCCACAGCAUGUUGCUACCACCACCAUGCUUCACCGUUGUGAUAGUGCCAGGUUUCCUCCAAACGUGACGCUUGGCAUUUCUCAUAGUCUGAGAGUCCUUUAGGUGCCUUUUGGCAAACUCCAAGUGGGCUGUCAUGUGCCUUUUACUGAGGAGUGGCUUCAGACUGGCCACUCUACCAUAAAGGCCUGAUUGGUGGAGUGCUGCAGAGAUGGUUGUCCUUAUGGAAGUUUCUCCUAUCUCCACAGAUGAACUCUGGAGCUCUGACAGAGUGACCAUCGGGUUCUUGGUCACCUCCCUGAUCAAGGCCCUUCUCCCCCGAUUGCUCAGUUUGGCCGGGCAGCCAGCUCUAGGAAGAGUCUUGGUGGUUCCAAACUUCUUCCAUUUAAAAAUGGAGGCCACUGUGUUGUUGGGGACCUUCAAUGCUACAGACAUUUUGUGGUACCCUUCCCCAGAUCUGUGCCUCGACACAAUCCUGUCUCUGAGCUCUACGGACAAUUUCUUCGACCUCAUGGCUUGUAUUUUGCUCUGACAUGCACUGUCAACUGUGGGACCUUAUAUAGACAGGUGUGUGCCUUUCCAAAUCAUGUCCAAUCAAUUGAAUUUACCACAGGUGGACUCCAAUCAAGUUGUAGAAACAUCUCAAGGAUGAUCAAUGGAAACAGGAUGCACCUGAGCUAAAUUUCAAGUCUCAUAGCAAAGGGUCUGAAUACUUAUGUAAAUAUUUAUUUUUAUUUUUGUAUAUAUAUAUAUAUAUAUAUACACAUUUGCAAAAAUGUCUAUAAACCUGUUUCACUUUGUCAUUAUGGGGUAUUGUGUGUAGAUCGAUGAGGGAAAAUGUUUAUUUAAUCAAUUUUAGAAUAAGGCUGUAACGUAACAAAAUGUGGAAUAAGUCAAGGGGUCUGAAUAUCUUCCAAAUGCACUAUAAAUACAUUAUUUUCAUUUGAAUUUAGAAAAGGCUAUUUUUCCAACGAUAACAGAUAGCAUCAGGGCAGUGCCCCCAGGUAGUUUCCUUUAUUUGUUUCCUUCUCCAUAUCCAAUAGUUUUUAUCAUUCUACUUUAUAUGGUAGAGAUAUAAGACAAUGCCUUUAACGCUGAGAUCCCAUCGCAAUUAAAAAGAUGGAUGACAUAGAAGCUCUGUAUGAGGGAUUGAGAUUGGCGUCUUUUCAGUGCCGGUCCCAGAACUCAGGCAAAUUUCAUAAUCAUUUUGGGGGGUUUGUAUCAUUUGAUUUACACAACAUGCCUACCACUUUGAAUAUGCAAAAUAUUUUCUAUUGUGAAACAAACAAGAAAUAGGACAGGAAAACAGAAAACUUGAGCGGGCAUAACUAUUCACCCAAAGUCAAUACUUUGUAGAGCCACCUUUUGCAGCAACUACAGCUGCAAGUCUCUUGGGGUAUGUCUCUAUAAGCUCGGCACAUCUAUCCACUGGGAUUUUUGCCCAUUCUUCAAGGCAAAACUGCUCCAGCUCCUUCAAGUUGGAUGGGUUCCGCUGGUGUACAGCAAUCUCUAAAUCAUACCACAGAUUCUCAAUUGGAUUGAGGUCUAGGCUUUGACUAGGCCAUUCCAAGACAUUUAAAUGUUUCUACUUAAACCACUUGAGUGUUGCUUUAGCAGUAUGCUUAGGGUCAUUGUCCUGCUGAAGACUGAAACAGGUUUCCCUCAAGAAUUUCCCUGUAUUUAGCGCCAUCCAUCAUUCCUUCAAUUCUGACCAGUUUCCCAGUCCCUGCCGAUGAAAAACAUCCCCACAGCAUGAUGCUGCCACCACCAUGCUUCACUGUGGGGAUGGUGUUCUAGGGGUGAUGAGAGGUGUUGGGUUUGCGCCAGACAUAGCGUUUUCCUUGAUGGCCAAAAAGCUCAAUUUUUGUCUCAUCUGACCAGAGUACCUUCUUCCAUAUGUUUGGAGAGUCUCCCACAUGGCUUUUGGCGAACACCAAACGUGUUUGCUUAUUUUUUUCUUUAAGCAAUGGCUUUUUUCUGGCCACUCUUCCAUAUAGCCCAGCUCUGUGGAGUGUACGGCUUAAAAUGGUCCUAUGGACAGAUACUCCAAUCUCCGCUGUCGAGCUUUGCAGCUCCUUCGGGGUUAUCUUUGGUCUCUUUGUUGCCUCUCUGAUUAAUGCCCUCCUUGCCUGGUCCAUGAGUUUUGGUGGGCGGCCCUCUCUUGGCAGGUUUGUUGUGGUGCCAUUUUCUUUCAAUUUUUUUAUAAUUUAUUUAAUGGUACUCCGUGGGAUGUUCAAAGUUUCUGAUAAUUCUUUAUAACCCAACCCAAUCUGUACUUCUCCACAACUUUGUCCCUAACCUGUUUGGAGAGCUCCUUGGUCUUCAUGGUGCCACUUGCUUGGUGGUGCCCCUUGCUUAGUGGUGUUGCAGACUCUGGGGCCUUUCAGAACCGGUGUAUAUAUACUGAGAUCAUGUGACAGAUCAUGUGACACUUAGGUGGACUUUAUUUAACUAAUUAUGUGACUUCUGAAGGUAGUAAUUGGUUGCACCAGAUCUUAUUUAGGGGCUUCAUAGCAAAAGGGGUGAAUACAUAUGCAUUAACCACUUUUCCGUUGUUUAUUUUUUGAAUUUUCACUUCACCAAUUUUGACUAUUUUGUGUAUGUCCAUUACAUGAAAUCCAAAUAAAAAUCCAUUUAAAUUACAGGUUGUAAUGCAACAAAAUAGGAAAAACGCCAAGGGGGAUGAAUACUUUUGCAAGGCACUGUAGAUGUCUCUGAGGGUAUAGAUGUCUGAGGGUAUAGAUGUCUUACUGAAGCAGACAUUCUCAGUCAAUCAUCUGUGGAGAAUGUUACAGUAUAUGGGGUGGAGGAAUCUGAAUGGCCAAGUAGUCCAUAGCACCACUAGGCUACAGAAUAAAGUACACUCUAAAACCAUGAAACGUGACAUGUUUAUAACUUAAAUGUCACUGUUUAAAACAUAAACAUUAGGCAUUUAGAUUUGCCAAUAAGUGUUCUCAUCUUUAACACAUUCAUUUAGAACGCAAGAUUAAACAUGUCAGUUUCCAACCAGGAGAACACAAUAUAUCUCCUAAGUGUUCAGAUUUUAAACAUUAGUGUUUACUUUCCUAUCAUCUAAACGAAUCCAAUCUGUAAGGAGUUGGGCUACUGAGAUGGUUGUUCCAGUUUAGAUGGUUUAGGAGGUCUUGUUUAUUAAGUCUUUCACCAUAGCAGUCAUUCUGCAGGUUUUGGGUGCUAAAAUAUUCCAAUUGUUGGAUAUCCUCCCUCUGGCUGGAUUCCGAUAGGAAUUACUAAUCACUUCACAAACCAGCGUAGUGUGACUUGCUGGUCUGAUGCGGCUCAUGAGCCAGGAUAUUCAGACCACAAUGUAGAGGAACUAGGCCAUAACUAAAGGCCUUAUGACAUGUAUAAUAUGUGGUCAUUAAGGGUUUACUUUUAAUUGACACACAUUCUCUUAGACAGUCACUUGCUGAAGGCUUAAUGAAUAGGAGUUUUUGAAUGCAACAACCAUGUCUCUGUCACACAAAAAAACUGUCAUGGGUGGGUAUCUCUCACAUUCACUCGAAAGGAAUGCUGGGAUAUAUGCAAAUACGGCUUUACACCAUACAGUAGUGUUUAAAACCUAAAUGCCUUGAGCUGAAUAAACGUGUUAAUGUGUUUAAAAAGUGUUACAGCGAAAUAAAAUGCUCUGGUGUUUCCAAUCUAAAGACUGUGAUGCGUUUUUAUUGAAAUGUUAAAUGCCUUGACGCGUUUAAAAAGUGUUACAGUGUAGUCCAUACUAUACCAGUUAAAUGUGGCUGAGGAAUCUGAAUGGCCAAGUAGUCCAUAGCACCAGUAGGCUACAGAAUAAAAUAGUCAAUACUAUACCAGUUAUAUGGGGUGGAGUAAUCUGAAUGGCAGUAGAGUAACAGAAUAAAGUCCAUACCCCAAUAUAUUCAGAUUUAGUACAUACAGACAAAAUCACAUAUUAAAAUAGAAAAAACACAACAACAACAGAAAAGGCUAGGGUAUAUUGAGAGAAUAAUUACAAACAAGUCGGCAGGACAAGUAAAUCUAUACACACAGUAAAUAUAAGUAGUCCAUACUACCAGUACACACACAUACAGUGAGGGAAAAAAGUAUUUGAUCCCAUGCUGAUUUUGUACGUUUGCCCACUGACAAAGACAUGAUCAGUCUAUAAUUUAAUGGUAGGUUUAUUUGAACAGUGAGAGACAGAAUAACAACAAAAAAAUCCAGAAAAACGAAUGUCAAAAAUGUUAUAAAUUGAUUUGCAUUUUAAUGAGGGAAAUAAGUAUUUGACCCCCUCUCAAUCAGAAAGAUGUCUGGCUCCCAGGUGUCUUUUAUACAGGUAACGAGCUGAGAUUAGGAGCACACUCAAAGGGAAUGCUCCUAAUCUCAGUUUGUUACCUGUAUAAAAGACACCUGUCCACAGAAGCAAUCAAUCAAUCAGAUUCCAAACUCUCCACCAUGGCCAAGACCAAAGAGCUCUCCAAGGAUGUCAGGGACAACAUUGUAGACCUACACAAGGCUGGAAUGGGCUACAAGACCAUCGCCAAGCAGCUUGGUGAGAAGGUCACAACAGUUGGUGCGAUUAUUCGCAAAUGGUAAAAACACAAAAUAACUGUCAAUCUCCCUCGGCCUGGGGCUCCAUGCAAGAUCUCACCUCGUGGAGUUGCAAUUAUCAUGAGAACAGUGAUGAAUCAGCCCAGAACUACACGGGAGGAUCUUGUCAAUGAUCUCAAGGCAGCUGGAACCAUAGUCACCAAGAAAACAAUUGGUAACACACUACGCCGUGAAGGACUGAAAUCCUGCAGCGCCCACAAGGUCCCCCUGCUCAAGAAAGCACAUAUACAGGCCGGUCUGAAGUUUGCCAAUGAACAUCUGAAUGAUUCAGAGGAGAACUGGGUGAAAGUGUUGUGGUCAGAUGAGACCAAAAUCGAGCUCUUUGGCAUUAACUCAACUCACCGUGUUUGGAGGAGGAGGAAUGCUGCCUAUGACCCCAAGAACACCAUCCCCACCGUCAAACAUGGAGGUGGAAACAUUAUGCUUUGGGGGUGUUUUUCUGCUAAGGGGACUGGACAACUUCACCGCAUCAAAGGGACGAUGGACGGGGCCAUGUACCGUCAAAUCUUGGGUGAGAACCUCCUUCCCUCAGCCAGGGCAUUGAUAAUGGGUCGUGGAUGCGUAUUCCAGCAUGACAAUGUCCCAAAACACACGGCCAAGGCAACAAAGGAGUGGCUCAUGAAGAAGCACAUUAAGGUCCUGGAGUGGCCUAGCCAGUCUCCAGACCUUAAUCCCAUAGAAAAUCUGUGGAGGGAACUGAAGGUUCGAGUUGCCAAACGUCAGCCUUGAAACCUUAAUGACUUGGAGAAGAUCUGCAAAGAGGAGUGGGACAAAAUCCCUCCUGAGAUGUGUGCAAACCUGGUGGCCAACUACAAGAAACAUCUGACCUCUGUGAUUGCCAACAAGGGUUUUGCCACCAAGUACUAAGUAAUGUUUUGCAGAGGGGUCAAAUACUUAUUUCCCUCAUUAAAAUGCAAAUCAAUUCAUAACAUUUUUUACAUGCGUUUUUCUGGAUUUUGUUGUUGUUAUUCUGUCUCUCACUGUUCAAAUAAACCUACCAUUAAAAUUAUAGACUGAUUAUGUCUUUGUCAGUGGGCAAACGUACAAAAUCAGCAGGGGAUCAAAUACUUUUUUCCCUCACUGUACAUGCACACACACACAUAGAUAGAGUGAGAGAGAGAAGUCAGUCCAUACUGAAGCUCCAACUCUAGUCUCUAUUGACCUGUCUUGCUCUACAAUGUAUAGCUGGAGGCAGCACCCAGUCAAUUUGAGACUGGAGCAGGAAGUCACAUACAACCAAGCAUGAACACACACACACACACACACAUUGCUUUGUUACUCAUUCAUAACUCAAUGAUUUUCCUUUGAUUAUUUUAGCACAUAUCCCUUCAGUCCUCAACUGGAUUUCUGCCAAUUACAGUGCUGAAGUUGUACAUUUGAAGUUAUGCUAUUCUGCCUAUUUAUAAACACCCAACUCACAGCACUAGCUCAGUCCUAGCACCCAGCCAGCACUGGAAUAAGACACAGGGCUCUAUUUGAACAAACCUAACGCAAUGGUAAAUCUAAGCUCAGGCGGUAGCUGCUAUAGGUUCAGGGGUGUGUCAGAAAUAUUUUUUAUAUUUUCACUCUUACAAUUAUCCGUGCACUUGCUGGCGUUGGCGCGAAAGGGCUGUUUAAAAAAAAAAUAAUGUUGGUGUCUCUAGACUUGGCCCCUCACUGGCCAAUCAGAACGUGCUCCAUGGCGAAAUAUGUGGUUGUUUUAAUGUAGGCUAUUGCCUUGGAAUCAACUCAAAUUCCAAUGUUAGUCCGUUAUAGUUUGUUAAAUUGCUUACAGAAACGAAACAACAAAAUGUAGACAUAUCUUUGCUAAAUACGUUAACUUGAACCCAUUUGCAGUCCACAUUGUUCUAACUGCAUGGCUUCAAUAGCAUUCACACUGAUAUAGGGGCUAGGCCUACUGUAAAUUGCAUUAUGGCUAAGCAUGGCCAUGCCAAACAUUGUCAGUAAGCAAUAUUAAAUUAAUUAUUGAUAAGGCCUAAAAAGAGAACGAAUAAUUAUAAUCAAAUUCUAACCAAAACGAAACAACAACUUGUUUUAAGUAGGCUAUGUCACACUUACAGGCACAAUAAUUUCUCCCUGUGGUAUAUAAUAUUAAAACAACGCAGACUAUGGAGGGUUUUACGCACAUCCAAACAUUUCACACUAGCUGGACAAAGAUCCAAUAUAAAUAGAAAGGGAGAAUGUCCACUCACGUUAUACUGCUUCCAAAUAGGCCUAUGUUUUAUGAACAUAAUCGGAACCAUUUUACAGAUCAGAUCGCAUUUACACAUCUCCAGCAGUUGCAUUGCAAGCGCGCCACGCACGUUCUCGCCAUAAAACCAGGAAGGUGAAUCAUUCUAAUAAGUUUGCUUGUAAUACAAUUUAUGAAACACAAGUAAUAACUUGUUUUAAACAACAACAAUAAAUACAUUUCAAAUGUAAUAAUAUCGCAAACCACCAGGAUAAAAAAAGACCUGCAUUGCUGUUGAACCAGCCUUUGUUAUAGUAGGCCUAAGGGAGGGCUUGGGUUUUGAACAAAUGAAACGGAAAACAAGCCAUUUUUACAGGUUACAAAUAACUUCUAAAUACGAGGUUCACUGGGAUUCACCGAGGUUUCAUGAUGGGCAUGGACACAUAGCAUACAUGAUGGAGAGGGGACACGUAGCCUACAUCAUGGAGGGGGUUUUACGCACGUCUAAAAUAGGACCUGCAUGGUUAAAAUAAUGUGGGCCUGCCUACAAUGCAUAGAUAAAAAGUGAAUGUCAGCUCACUGUUUUACUUCUCUCAAACUUGAUAUUUUAAUAAAGCUUUGCUGAUUAUGAUUUAUUUCCAAGCUGUCUCAGGAGCCAAACCCUUUAUCGACAGUCUUGACUACUUCAUGAUUGCAUUGAGAAGGACAAAAAAUGCCUUAAUUAAGAGGAGGGGAGGCUAUGCUUGGUUUUUAACCAAAUAAAACUAAAUGGGAAAAAACGUUAGUUUUUUAUGUUUCUAUUUACGAAGUAUACAGGCACCAAAAGCACAGGCUACUCUUGUUCAAGGCGCAUAUGGGCAGUGUGCGUCAUGCCUGGAUAGGCUGCGUUUCCGCUGUCAAAAUUCAUGCCAUAACCAACUGCCCAUGGUUGGUCUUAAAUAUCCCUAUCAGAGCUGCCUGAAAUUAGCACUUUGGAUCAUGUUUUUAAGGACACACCUAAAAUAUUUCCACCCCUCUCAUCUGAGCGCAAGCGAGCUGAUAUAAGACGGGUAAAUUGCAGAAUCUGGCGUUAGGGCUGGAAAAUGCCAGUGCACCAGUUUUUACAUGACGAAAUUGCAAACUAACCUGCGUUUCACACUAGCGCCGUCUUAACGCCAGCGGAAAAUAGAGCCCACAGGCUGUGUAGAUGGAACCAUGGAAAUGGAAUCAAUAGAACAGGCUUGGAACCUCUCACCAAGGCAAUCUGGUAAACUCCUUAUGGCAUCAUUCUGUCGAUAGAGUAACAUCAGCUGCCUUACCAGUUAAGUACAUUUAACAUUUUAGCCAUUUAGCAGACACUCGUAUCCAGAGCGACUUACAGUAGUGAGUGCAUACAUUUUCAUAUGUUUUUUUCGUACUGGUCCCCGUGGGAAUCGAACCCACAACCUUGGUGUUGCAAUGAUCAUGAUCAUUAAUAUGUCUGUUUAUACUCAGAAAAGCUGUACAGAUAUACAGGUACUGUGCUGUAUUGUACAGUAGCCUAGCCAUUCCACCGUUCUCUUUCUGAAGGGAUGCAGGGAGUAAAUGUAUCUGAUUUCCCCUUGGAUUUAACACUGACAGGCUGACAGUCAGCCUACUAUUGCUUCUGCUGAAUUGGAGGUGUGUGUGUGUGUGUGUGUGUGUGUGUGUGUGUGUGUGUGUGUGUGUGUGUGUGUGUGUGUGUGUGUGUGUGUGUGCGUGCAUACUGUGAGUGGUCAUGAAAGCAUCUCUGUGUUGUUAUUUUUUAUGUCAGACACAUGCACACACUAUGCACACACACUCCUACUCAGUCAAAUAUAAAUGCUCAGAGAGACAUUUACACACAUUCAUAUUCAGGACAGGGGGAAAUUAUCAACGAUCAGGCUGUGGAAAUGUCAGAAUCAAUCAGCUAGUCCCUGACGAGCAGAACAUUCCCUAUGGCAAGAGAGAGGGAGGGAGGGAGGGAGGGAGGGAGGGGGGAGAGAGUAAGAGAGUGCGAGACAGACAGAGACAGAGGCAGAGGCAGAGGCAGAGGCAGAGACAGAGACAGAGACAGAGACAGAGACAGAGGCAGAGGCAGAGACAGAGACAGAGACAGAGACAGAUUGUAAUCACUUCACCAGCACAAUGAGUUUGUUCAGUGAGUCAUUGGUAGCGGAGUCUACUUUCUAAAAAACUCUGCUGCCCUCUAUAGGUAAAGCACUUAGCUCUUAGCCAAACUAUUUAAUGUAAUGUGAUCGUCUGCCACUAGAGUGUCCUGUUAUACUGAUAAAUACAGAAUGCCAGAGAUAGAGAGCCAUGUACAAUAUCACUUGAAAUUCAAACACAACACCAUGGGAAUACAAUUCAAAUAAACUCAAUACUCAACAUACUAAUAACUUGGACGUCUCUGCACAUACACUAUAUGUAAAAAAGUAUGUGGACACCCCUUCAAAUUAGUGGAUUCAGCAAUUUCAGCCACACCUGUUGCUGGCAGGUGUAUAAAAUCGAGCACACAGCCAUGCAAUCUCCAUAGACAAACAUUGGCAGUAGAAUGGCCUUACUGAAGAAAUCAUAGACUUUCAACAUGGCACCGUCAUAGGAUGCCACCUUUCCAACAAGUCAGUUCAUCAAAUUUCUGCCCUGCUAGAGCUGCCCCGGUCAACUGUAAGGGCUGUUAUUGUGAAGUGGAAACGUCUAGGAGCAACAACAGCUCAGCCGCCAAGUGGUAGGCCACACAAGCUCACAGACCGCCGAGUGCUGAAGCGCGUAGCGCGUAAAAAUCGUCUGUCCUCAGUUGCAACACUCACUAACGAGUUCCAAACCGCCCUGAACGCAACGUCAACACAAGAACGGUUCGUCAGGAGCUUCAUGAAAUGUGUUUCUAUGGCCGAGCAGCCACACACAGCCUAAGAUCAUCAUGUGCAAUGCCAACGUUGGAGUGGUGUAAAGCUCGCCGCCAUUGGACUCUGGAGCAGUAGAAAUGCGUUCUCUGGAGUGAUAAAUCACGCUUCACCAUCUGGCAGUCCGAUGGACGAAUCUGGGUUUGGCAGAUGCCAGGAAAAUGCUACCUGCCCGAAUGCAUAGUGCCAACGGUAAAGUUGAGGAAUAAUGGUCUGGGGCUGUUUUUCAUGGUUCGGGCUAGACCCCGUAGUUCCAGUGAAGGGACAUUUUAACGCUACAGCAUACAAUGACAUUCUAGACGAUUCUGUGCUUCCAACUUUGUGGCAACAGUUUGGGGAAGGCCCUUUCCUGUUUCAGCAUGACAAUGCUCCAGUGCACAAAGCGAGGUCCAUAUAGAAAUGGUUUGUCGAGAUUGGUGUGGAAGAACUUGAAUGACCUGCACAGAGCCCUAACCUCAACCCCAUUGAACACCCCAUUGAACGCCGACUGCGAGCCAGGCCUAAUCGCCCAACAUCAGUGCUCGACCUCACUAAUGCUCUUGUGGCUUAAUGGAAGCAAGUCGCUGCAGCAAUGUUCCAACAUCUAGUGGAAAGCCUUCCCAGAAGAGUAUGAAAGUAUUUUCAGUAUGAAAAUGUAUGAACUCACUAACUGUAAAUCGCUCUGGAUAAGAGCGUCUGCUAAAAUGACUAAAAUGUAAAAAUGAGUAGAGGCUGUUAUAGCAGCAAAGGGGGGACCAACUCCAUAUUAAUGCCCAUGAUUUUGGAAUGAGAUGUUCGACUAGCAGGUGUCCACAUACUUUUGGUCAUGUAGUGUAUUAGGAAGGUGGGGAUAUGACCCAACAAUGUCCCCAGUAUGAUGUGUGUUUAAGUGUUAGUAUUGCCAAAUCUUGAACUCCAUUAUGUUUGCUUGGCAUCAAAGUAACCCCAGCUUCUGUCCUCCAAGCCUCACCCUUCUCUCAGCCAACCCAACUGUUUAAACACUUACCCCUAGUAUGUGUGCAUUUGUGUAUUUGUGCCUGUGUGUGUGUGUGUGUGUGUGUGUGUGUGUGUGUGUGUGUGUGUGUGUGUGUGUGUGUGUGUGUGUGUGUGUGUGGAUGCGUGCGUGCGUGCGUGCGUGCGUGCGUGAGUUUGGCGUGUGCGAGUCUGUGUGUGUUCUGGCCCAGAGUCAGCCCCAGAUUAGCCCUCUGUAGGGGUGCAGGGAGAGAGACCGUGUGUGGUUUGAUAAUGAGUGAAUGCUCAGACCCUUCAUACACAAUCAGGCCAGAAAAAUUAAACUCAGCAUGGUGGAUUCAUGUGAUCAUGGGGUAUUUAAUGACCAUCAUCUAUGUAAUGUUGACAGGUCAUGUUUUAUGUCUGAACAUGCAUAGACUAGCUAACUGCGGGGGUCAAAAGCAGUUAGUGAACUCGUUCAUAGGACACUUUCUCUCUGUGGCUCACUGUGGCCAUAUGACUCUUUCUGUCACUCCAACAACUCCAGUUCAGAUAAAGGCUGGAAGGCUUUGACCUCAGCAUUUUGGGGUUUCUUGAACAAGAAUACCGUGUGAUGAAUUAUAUUUUUUACUCUGUUUCUCAUGUCCUAUCCCUCCAUUCCCUUCUCCCUCUCUCCUCUCUGAGUGUUCCACUAGGGGAACUGCCAUUGCCAAGCCACUCCACAUGAAGGAGUGGGGCUCUGUAAGAGGUUGAAGAUGGGAGAGAAGGGGAGGUAAGGGGUUUGAUGGGACUAGAGAGGGGUAGAGGAGAACCCUUUUCAGUCCUCUCCUCUCUUCUCUCCCCACCAUUCAGAGCCAUUGAUAUGGCUGACUGGACCUGCCUGUGUUUCUUUCUGUGGAACUUCACUCUUUCAGGAAUCUGCAGCAGGCAUGAAUGAGUAAUGUGUAUUUGCUGAGUCAAUCUUUAUACACACACCAUUCAGACACACACUCAACAAGCCAUGUACACUUUGAACCCCACUUUGAACUGAAAACCCUCUUGAUAUACACACUCAAACGCAUAUUGAGCUCCUUAAACACACAAAGAGAGCCUAGAAACUGCUGAAUGAAUCUCUAAAUAAACUCUGGAUAAGUAGAGAAUAGGAUAGACUAUUCUAUUACAAAGGGCAGCAUCUCUGUGUAUAAGAGGAGAGAAAAGCAGAGUAAAGCAAUGUGAACAUUCACUCCACAUGGCAGAAUCACUCAUGGAAAAUAUCUCUCUCAUCCACCCCUCUCUUCCCGCUCCCCUCUGCAGUACCUUUCUCUAUUCGUCUCUCUCUCUCUUUCUCUCUCUCCUUUUCUCUCUCCUUCUUGGUCUCUCUUUCUCCCUCUCUCUCUCUUUCUCCCUCUCUCCUUCUCUCCCCCCUUCUCUCUCUCUGUCUCGCUUUCUCCCUCAUACUCUGUCCGCCUCUCCACCUCACCAUCUCUCUAUCUUUCUCUACCUCUCUUUUUCCACCUCUCUCUGUCUCUCUACUUCACCCUCUCUACCCCUCUCUUUCUCUCUCCCUCUCUCUCUCACUCUAUUUUUCUCUCUCCAUCUCUCUCUCCCUCUCUUUUUCUCUCGCCAUCUCUCUCUCCCUCAUUCUCUGUCCUGUCAAUGUUGGUUCUGCUCAAACUGUCUUUGUUUGUGUCCCUGGCUCCUCUAGAGGGGUGCAGCUGCAUUUUAGUUUAACUGUUUAAAACCUGUGCUCUGUAUUGUAAAAUUGAUGCUGUGGUUAACUUAUACUAGUUUGUGUGGCUCUGUUCUUACAUGUUUGUAGUAAUAUUAUGUGGGUGUUGUGUAACUAUUUCAGGGUUGAAGUUGGUUUGGAGCUGAUUUGAACCUCUCUGUGGUUACAGUGUAAGCAGGAACAUUGUGUUAGUAGAGGCAUUAUCAGCAUGUCCCAUGACCCUCCCUCCCUCAUCUCUGCUUCUACUACUGCCAUACGCUGGUGUCAGUCUGCUACCUUCAACUGAUGGGCCUAUAUGGAAUUCCUGAAACCUUUUUGAUCUUUAUCUGACAUUAGUUACAGUGCCUAGUGAAAGUCUACACCUCCCUUGCACAGUCUUCACAUUUUGCUGCCUUAAAGUAUAAGCAUAUUACAUUCUUUAUUUUAUUGUGGUGGCAGCAUCAUGUUAUGAGUAUACUUGUCACCGGCAGGGACUUGAGAGUUUGUCAGGAUCAAAAUAAAUAUGAAAGUAGCAAAGCGCAGGUUAAAAAAUUACAGGAACCCCUUUCUCUGUCUUCUGAAUACCUAACACCAGAACAGAGUUUUCUUUUUCAGCAGGACAAUUACACAAAUUGCAAAAGUCACACCAGAAUGGCUUUCCAAGAGGUGUUCAGUGUUCCUGAAUGGUCCAGUCUCAGUCCUGACCUAAAUUUGUUUCAACGUCAGAGACAAGGUUUGCAACUCUAUAUUAGGAAGGUAUAGAGGUGUUUGGUAUACUCUGUGUAUGUUGCCUUAAGAGAAUCUUAUUUAAAAUUAUUCACAGCUGUAAUGGCUGACAAAAGUGCUUCCACCAGGUAUUAACUCUGGGGUGUGAAGACAUAUGCAAUCAAGACAUCUUUGUUUUUUAAUUAAGAACAUUUUCACUUUGAAAAUGUACAGUAGGUUGUGUAGAUCAAUAGGAAAAAAUAAUCGAAUUUAAUAAAUGUUUUGAUUGAAUUUUAAGGCAGCAAAAUGUGAAAACUGUACAAAGGGUGUGUUGUCCUGCUUAAAGACUUCUCCAAGUCUGGCCUCUGCCCGCGGAGAGAACUUUCACCUCCUUCAGAACUACUUCAAGUUACAACAUAAGUGUUUGUGUUUAUAUCCUCGAUAAGGCUGAAUGAAUAAAUAUAAUGUAAUAUAAUAUCAAAUAUGGUAUAAGAUUACUGAGACGUACCCCAUGUCCUCCUGCUCUAACCUCUGACCCCUACCCACAGGUGUGUCUGCGUCAUCUCGGGGCCCAUGUGUGUGGGCUGUUUGUGGAGGUGGAGGGGGUUCAGUUUGGCUGUCAUCUAAAUGCCCUGCUGCCCCUUAUCGAGAAACAUUACUCUUUUACAAAUACAACUUUUAAAAUAUAGAACUAUUUAAAAAGGUAUGCUUCCAAAAGCAUUAUCAAAGCAUGAUGUAGGUAUUUAUCUUUUCAUUACUAUCUCAUAUAACCUGUGCUAACAGCCGCUCUAUAUCUGUCUCUGUGUCAUUGAGGAGGAGCAGGAUGAGAAGGCAGCAGACAAACUGCUGUUCAGCUACCUGACCCUAGUCAUCAAACUCACCAAGGACUGUAGCCUCCUGGAGCUCAGCAAGCCUCAGGACACACUCACUAACAUCCUGGGUAAGACACUACAACAAUACCUAUAACCUGGUCCCAGAUCUGUUUGUGCUGCCUUGCCAUCUGUUUGUGCUGCCUUGCCAUCUGUUUGUGCUGUCUUGUCAUUGCGACCAUAGGAAUUGGCACGACAGCACAAACAGCUCAGAGACUAGGCUUUACUACCUCUGGAUAUCAUAUCUGUGACGGGGGCCCAGUGUGAAAAUCACCUCAGAUAUCUCAGUUGUCUGGAGAGAGAUAACUGGGGCUACAGUACUGUGGUAAAUUAAGCUUAUUGCCUGCUCUGUACAGCAGUGUGAUUAAACUAAUGUGCCUACAAUUGUUCACCUGAAAUGUCUAUUUUUGCAUGUUUCUCACCUCUUGUUCUUUGGGUUGAUGAUGAUGGCUAUUUAGAACUAUAGAUCUAGAUCAAUUCAUCGACUAUUGAAUUGAUUUAUCAAAUAAAUAGAUUACUCUCUGAACUGCUGGCUUACCCCUUGGUGUAAUAGUGUAAUAUUUCCCUCCACCAGGUCAUGUUGGGACCAACCUGUGCUUCCCCCGCUGUUGGGUGUGGCUGACCGCCUCUCAGCUAUUUAGUCAGCUGUUUGCUGCCUUCCGGCUGGACCAGCUGUCAGCCCGCUGGAGGGAGGACACCACAGAGGAGGGCAGUGCCAACAACACCACACCAGAGCCUGUUGCUACUACAUUCCUUACUACCAACCUGGACAAGAAUGUGAGACACUACUUCCAACAUAAUCACAUUUAUCCUGCUACAAAGAUACUGGCAGCGAGAGGUGUAAUCAAGAUAUAUUUAUCAAUUACUUUUUCUGUCCUCCCUAUCUCCCCUGUCCCUCAAAUGAGAGUGCUAGUCCUGUCCUUUCGUCAUCAGCUCCAGUCUAAAUACCUAGACACGUCCACAGGAGAACAG